CACUGUUUUCUAUCUCAACCUUCUUCUCUUAGUAUCAUUCAGAGACUAGACCACGCUGGGAACACAUAUAAACACAAGUUGUAAGAGAAACUUCUAUAUAUGUAUGAUAUACUGGAAAGUAGAUCUAAACAUUUAAAAGAAUAAUGGGAGAGUAUACCAUUCAUAAUGUCCGGUUUUAUGACUUUGAACCUAAAGCCAUACAAUGUAUGACUUAUGAGGACGAAACAAAUAGACUGGCACUAUCGAGGGCUGAUGGUACUGUUGAAAUAUGGAACUGUAACUGUCAGAGUCGACCCUUCCUUGAGCUUGUUAUUUAUGGUGAUGAUGGUUGUUCUGUUGAGGCGCUGGUAUGGUGCAGAGGACGAUUAUUUAGUGCGGGACUACAUGGCUUUGCUUUGGAAUAUGAUUUGACUACUGGUGGCAUUAAAUCACGCAUAGCAGUCACUGGUGGUCCCACCUGGUGCCUUGCACUGUCUGCUGAUAGGCAGAAGCUAGCAGCAGGUACAGAGGGAGGCUAUGUGUGCAUAUUUAAUGUUAUGGAUGACGGUAUAUUGUACAACAAAACCCUGGAGAAGCAAGAAGGAAGGAUACUGAACAUCUGCUGGCACCGCAAUGGGGACUAUAUUGUGACCGGCUCUGUUAAUUGUAUCCGUUUGUGGUCCUUGAAGGAAGGGCGGGUGAUGCGCUGUUCAUUUGGCCAGGGAUCAAGUCAAGAAAUCAUCGUAUGGUGUGUUGGCAUACUGGACGACAUGACGAUAGUUAGUGGAGAUUCCAGAGGGAAAACUUGUUUCUGGAAUGCAGAGCUUGGUACUAUAACAGAUGCUGUGGAAACUCACAAAGCAGAUGUUCUUUGUCUCACAGUGUGUGCUGAUCAGAAGUCUGUGUAUGUUGCUGGUGUAGAUCCAGUCAUUGUACAAAUAAGUCGUGUCCAAACAGGGGCAAAGAAGGGAAGGAAAGAGUGCUGGGUGAAGUCUAUUCAGCGGUCAAUACAUACACAUGAUAUUCGUGCUCUGGCCCUCACAAAUGACAACAAAGUAUAUUCUGGAGGUGUAGACACAGUCCUUGCCUUGAGCUACUACCCUCCAAAGACUGUGUUCAGAUUCCCUUCACUACCUUAUCCUGGAUCCAUAUCAGUUGCUGGGGAGGCGGAAUGUAUCCUUCUUCGCUAUAAGGAGCACCUGGAGUUGUGGCAGCUAGGAAAGUCUUCACAAGCUGAUGGACCUACUGGCCUGUUCCUUCCUAUUUCUCAAGAUCGUAUCAAGCUUCUUGAAAUUCACUGCCAUGAGGAUGAGUUGAUAGAUUGGUGUGCUGUGUCUCCCCAGGCCGUCUGGAUUGCUUACAUUGUCAAAGGAAAGCUCAGAAUCUUUCAGUUCUAUCCACCGAAGCCUGACAGCCAAGCAAGUGUGAGAAUGAGGUAAUAAGUAAGGAAAUA